AUGUCUUCUCUCCUCAUGGCUCAUAGGCCGCGCGACGUGCUUUCCAAGGUCGAGCGCGAUGCACUUAAUGAACUCAGGGCCGACAACGACAUCGUUAUCGUGCUUACAGACAAAGGGCGUUCCACGGUCCUAUUGGACAGGAUAGACCACCUUCAGAAAGCCCAAAGCCUGCCAGAGGAUCGCCUGUCACCUGUCCCAUGCGAAUCCAACCCCAUAAAAACGCUGACGCGCGAGAUUAACGCGACGCUGUUGGCAAUGGAGAACUCGGGUGCAAUAUCGCCAAUCGGCCGGUGCAUGGGGAGGGCGCAAGAAACGGCCCUAGCCCGAUUCUACGGUCUCCCAAAAGUGCACAAAGAGGGCGUUCCUCUCCGACCUAUCGUAUCACUAAAGGACACUCCAACCUACGGACUGGCAAAGUGGCUGUUCCGACGUCUCAAGUUUCUGAUCUCUGAUUCGAACACCACAGUCAGCCCGUUAACGCAAUUCUCGGAGAAACUUAAAGGAGUAAGUCUCCUGCCAAGCGAUGUCAUUGUUGCCUUUGAUGUCAGGUCCCUUUUUACUUCUAUCUCGCAGGACCUGACAGUCGAGUAGAACUACUCCUACGGGAUAAAUACGACGAAACGGAGAAUCGCCUAGGAUACACCCAAAUCAUCCAGCUCCUGAAGUUCUGUCUGAAGACGUACUUUACGUUCGACGGAACAACCUACGAGCAGGUGAUGGAAAAGCCAAUGGGUUCGCCGAUUUCGGGACCCAUAGCCGAGGCGGUCCUACAACGGCUGGAGUUGCUGGUUUUCCGAGAUCACAGACCGAAAUUCUGGUCUCGGUAUGUGGAUGACAUCUUCGUCGUCAUCGAACGGGAUCAGGUGCUAGAAUUCAAAGAACAUCUCAAUGCCGUCUUCCCGGACAUUCAAUUUAGGAUGGAGGAGGAGGAGGAGAAGGAGGAGAAGGAGGAGGA